AUGGAAGACGGUGGCUUCAAGCGGCCAAUGAUGCCCCCUCCCAUGGGAAUUCCAGCGAAGCGUGGGCGCUACGACGAGGGUAAUGCACAGCUCAUGGCCUAUGGCGGUCAUCAGUUGCUAGCAACAGGCGGCCCAGGCGAUAUACCCAGAACUUCAAAAAUUCCGGCUCCGAUCAUGCUCUUCACAGGCCAUGAGGGUGAAAUCAUGUGUGCACGGUUUUCCACGGAUGGAGCUAUUUUCGCCUCUGCUGGUUAUGACCAAAAGAUUUACUUAUGGAACGUGUAUGGUGACUGCGAGAAUUUCGCCUUACUGAAGGGUCACACUGGUACCGUCAUGGAUCUUCACUUUAACACCGAUUCAAGCGCUCUGUUCACGUGCGGCACAGACAAGACGGUACGCAUUUGGGACAUGGAAACAGGAGCGUGCAAAAGAAAAUUCAAGAGUCACCUGGAGAUUGUAAACGCAUGCCACCCGGCCCGACGUGGCCCCCAGCUCGUCGCAUCGGCCAGUGACGACGGUUUUGUGCUGGUUCAUGACUUGCGGUUGCGCGAUCCGGUGAAAAAGUUUGAGAAUCGCUUUGCGCAGACGGCCGUCACAUUCAACGAUACAGCAGAAUACAUAUAUGCGGGCAACAUUGAGAAUGAUAUCGUGUGCUACGAUAUGCGACGUGGCGAGGCGGAGUACACCCUGGAGUACCACGGCGAUACGGUCACGUCAUUGGCGCUCGCUCCAGAUGGCUCUCACCUGCUCAGCAAUUCGAUGGACCAAAACGUCGCGAUCUUCGACAUCCGGUCGUACGUUGAGGGUGAUCGGCUGAUCUCUGUGUUCCGUGGCCACGAGCACAAUUUUGAACGAAACCUUUUGAAAUGUGCCUGGUCACCGGAUGGCCAAUGGGUUGCGGCCGGAUCGGCUGAUCGUUACGUCUACGUGUGGGAGGUGGAAACCGGACGCAUUGCGUACAAGCUGCCCGGACAUCAAGGAGCCGUCAUUGCUGCUGAUUUCCACCCGAAAGAACCGAUCUUGCUCUCCGGAGGAACCGACAAGCGCAUCUAUCUCGGCGAGCUCUCCGAAUACUUCAAGAAC